CUAGCCUAGUGAGCGACAAGGCGGACAUAUUGGUUUGUUGAUUUUUUAAUAGGAAAAGAAACAAAAGGCAGACAGAGGCGGAAAAGUAAAUCAAAUCCGAAUUCAUCGAAGAAUAUGGUUGCAUAACUACCCACAAUAUCAGGACAGAAAUCCAGAAUUAUGGGAGCUGACUCGGAGUAGUGCUGAAGAAAUAGGGAAUCUUCUUGCUUGGUGACGGCCAAUGUUAUAUUUAACACCAUCACUAAAUAAAGUAUUUGGUACAUCAAAUUGACAAUAACAACAGCUGAAAGGAAGAGUUUGAUGUUGACUAACAGCGUAUGAAUUGGAAACUUUUAAGAUGGAGUACAAUAAAUGACUGGGAGAAUUUAAAAGCAAAAAAAUAUAUAUACAACAACUGUCAAUGUUAAGAACAGUGCCUGGGCUAGCACUAUAAAGGAUUUACUGUGGCAUUAUCACAUGUAGACUGCUGCAUCUGAAGUGAAAACAAGCAAUUAGUAAUAUUUAUACAAAUAUUCAAUUUCUCUUCAUUUAGAAGAACCUUCUUACAUAAUUGUACCUGCAAUUCGUACACAUAUGGUGUUUUUAAUUUUUUGAAAAACUUCCUGAAGAGGGUCAAAGUACGCAAAGAAACAUUUAAUAAGGGGGGAAAAAAGCCCCAUAGCAUAUUUGCUUGUGAAGAAGUAACAUUUUCUCUGAAUUGUAAAAAUUAUUCAUCAUGGCUACAGCCAGGACUGAGAACCCCCCUUCAAUGGUAAUGGGACUUCGCAAGCAGAAUGGGCAGUUAAGAGGACAGCAGCAGAAGCCUAUUACUCCACAGGCAGGGUCUUCUGGAUUUGGGUCACAGUCAACAAAAAACACUCACAUUGUUCAGAAUGUUUCUCAGACGCCUGCUGUAUCACAGCCUCCACAAAAUAGUGGAAUCAGGUUUGGUGAUGACUGGAAGAAAGCUCUGCAGCUUCCUCCAAAGGACAUGAGGAUUAAGACAUCAGAUGUGACAGCAACAAAAGGAAAUGAGUUUGAAGAUUACUGCCUGAAGAGGGAAUUGCUGAUGGGCAUUUUUGAAAUGGGUUGGGAGAAGCCUUCCCCUAUUCAGGAGGAGAGUAUUCCGAUUGCACUUUCUGGAAGAGAUAUUCUUGCCAGAGCCAAAAAUGGCACUGGUAAAAGUGGUGCCUACCUCAUCCCACUACUGGAGCGUCUUGAUCUUAAGAAGGACUGUAUUCAAGCCAUUGUAAUGGUGCCGACCAGAGAGCUGGCUUUGCAAGUUAGCCAGAUAUGCAUCCAGAUUAGCAAGCACAUGGGAGGUGUUAAAGUGAUGGCAACCACUGGAGGGACCAAUUUACGUGAUGAUAUAAUGCGAUUAGAUGAAACUGUUCAUGUUGUAAUUGCUACACCAGGAAGAAUUCUUGACCUAAUUAAAAAAGGUGUGGCAAAAGUUGACAGAGUCCAGAUGAUGGUCAUGGAUGAGGCUGACAAACUACUUUCUUUGGACUUUGUGGUGCUUAUUGAGGAGAUUAUUAGUUACCUUCCUAAGAAUCGGCAGAUCCUACUGUACUCUGCUACAUUCCCUAUAAGUGUACAGAAAUUUAUGAGCAAAUAUCUGCAGAAACCUUAUGAGAUUAACCUUAUGGAUGAAUUGACUCUAAAGGGCAUCACACAGUUCUAUGCUUAUGUCACAGAGAGGCAAAAGGUUCAUUGCCUCAACACUUUGUUUUCCAGAUUGCAGAUAAAUCAGUCAAUAAUAUUUUGUAACUCCACGCAGAGGGUGGAGCUCCUGGCAAAAAAAAUUACCCAACUUGGUUAUUCUUGUUUCUAUAUUCAUGCGAAGAUGAUGCAGGAGUAUCGAAAUAGGGUUUUCCAUGACUUUAGAAAUGGACUGUGUCGUAAUCUUGUUUGCACUGAUCUUUUCACAAGAGGUAUUGAUAUACAGGCAGUGAAUGUAGUCAUUAACUUUGAUUUUCCAAAGAAUGCCGAAACCUAUCUUCACCGCAUUGGUAGAUCUGGUCGCUUUGGUCACUUGGGCCUUGCAAUCAACUUGAUCACAUCAGAAGAUCGCUUCAACCUGAAGAGUAUAGAGGACCAACUUGUUACUGAGAUUAAACCUAUUCCAAGCACCAUUGAUAAGAGUUUAUAUGUAGCAGAGUACCACUCUGAGGUGAACAGCCAGGAUGAAGGAGGGCGAUCUGAUGAACAACAGUAAUAGUCCACGAAAUUGUGUGCCCACUCCUGAUAGAUACCUGGCUCAGUGCAAGAGAACUUCUGUGUCCCCACCUUUUCACUUUAAAAAUAUACUGAUCUGCUCAGGCUCAACCCAAGAGUUUACACAAUAAGGUUCACAUGUCUGUGUUUCAUACUGUGAAGCAGAGCUGAAAGCAGAAAAUAUGGCAUCUGUCAAACUCCAGUGGAAAGACUGAGACCGAGCAUAUAUCCAGUUGGAGUCAGUAAAUCAUCCCUUCUGAUUGAAGCCUAUCAUCUGUUGUACUUCAGUCUCAAGUGCCUUAAUCUGUAACUGAUUUUGCCGUUGAGCUACCCAAAGCAAAAUUACCAGAGGAGCUGAAGGAAGAAAAGCCUUUGACUGACAUCAGCUCUAAGAGGAGUGGGGCUUUAAGAUAGCAUUUUGGUAUUUCUACUUCCAUUUUAUCCAAAAAGCAUCAUUUUAAAAACAGGACAUUUUGUAGCAGAGCCCCAUCAAUGAGAAAAUAUUGAGUAUAAUGAAUAAUUUCUGUAAUAUUUAACAACAAAUGCUCCAGGUUCUUGUAAUACAAAAACUGGAAUGCCAUUCUAAGGGAUCUGUUAGUAAGUGUAUCCACACGUUUGGAGCCAUUGAUGACAUACAGAUGAAAACUUUUUUUUUUUUUUGUUUUCCUCUCCCUCACCAGUUUUUCUUUUUUCAGCUGUGCAAAAUUUGGAAAAUGCUUUAUUCGCACAAUUUCUGAUAAUGAUGUUGGUCAGAAGGAUAGGAGCUUUCAGGGAUGUUUUAUUUUGCUGCUCCUAUUCCACCAGCCAUUUUCAGCAACAGUACUGCUUUGUGUUGGAAUAAAUCUCUACUGGGGACUGGAGCCUGAACCUACUGUGAACAUUUGAGCAGUCAGCGACUGUAGAACUCACCAGCAAAGCGCCUUUUUUUUUUUUGUUUAAUAUAUAUAUAUUAUAUACACAUAUAAAACAGUGUUCCUUCAAAAAAAAAAAACAAUAUUUUGACUUUUGGAUAGGGGAAUUGAGUUGGUAAUGGUAUUCCUUUGCAGGAGUGAAACGAAACAAAAAUACACUUGCCUCACAAAAUUAAUGUAAGAUGGACACAUACAACAAAAACUUAUUUUUUCAUAUAAAACAGGAAUUUGGCUGCACUUGUUUAUUGUAUAGUAAGAUGUAUUAUAUAUGUACAAAAAACACAACUUAAAAGAACUUGUAAAUAUUGUAUCAUAGUGUUCCAGGGUGCUAGAAUGUUGUGACAGUAUGGACAUGAGUUCUGUUACAAGAGACCUGGGUUUUGAUUCGUCUCUCAUCCCAGCUGAAAGGAGGCAUUUAUUGAAUGCUGCGCUAAGAGUGAUUGUACAGUAUAUAGGACAAUUACAUACACAUAUGCUAUUAAAAUGUACAUAGGUUUAAUGUAGCAGCAUGUGUGUGUCUUGUAAGCAAAGUUUCCUACAGAUGUCUUUUGCUUGCACUCUUGUCAGCAGCUUUCCUGCUCCAGGUAAUGUGUGCACUUUUACAUUACAUUUAAAUUGCACUUGCUGGUGGCUUGCUGUUUUGCUGUAUUCAAGUUUAGGAGUGAUAUUCUGCUGCCAUUCUAAAGAUUGCCCAAACAGGGUCAGUGGUCAGGAUAUAAAUAAAUUAGACCAGCCCAACUUGCUUGUUAAGCCCCAGCUGGCAGUUUGGAAUGAACAUUUUAUAUAACAUUGCAGGAAAGCAAACUGGACAGAUGGCAAGGAUUUUUGUCACCGCAAGUGACUUUGCAAAAACACCCAGAGUUUGGAGUUAAUCUUUAACUUAUUUUUUUUCCCAGCAGCACCAAAAAUUGUUUGACUUUUAAAACCAGUUUGGAUUUAAAUAUGAUCAUGUAGGCUAAUAGAAGCUAAGUUUACUGCCAGUUUUUAGAUGACACUGAAAGGCUGGUUUGUGUUAGUUCUUAAAAAUCUAAACUUAUCUCUUGAUGCCAAAUUCUUGCAUUACUGAGGGUGGCUUCACAUAAAACUUAUAUAAGAGGUUUCUGAAUUGAUUGCCUACAACUGACCAAUUUGCUGUUUUUUAUUUUGUGUUUGUUGAAAGUGUUAGAUUAAAAAAGCUGCUGAGACUUUAUUUACCUAAUCUUUUGAGCAAAUUACUUUGCUGGCAUUAUUCCCUUAUAAAUGUUUUGAGCAUCUUGCUACAGUGUUAACAUUAUUUGUCUCCAUUUUAAAGUCAAACUGGUUUCCAGUCCAUUUUAUGAAAAUGUUUUCAGAUUUUUGCUUUCUCCGUUUUUGUUUUAUGGUAGGCUUUCAUGUUGCAAUUUAAAAAUUAAGACUGCUUCUUGGUGAAAACUGAAGGAAUUUGUCUUGUUCCUUUUCAGUAGGCAGCUAAACAAAGCAUUUAAAAAAAAAAAAAAAAAGAAAAAACGGUGAAUGACUUCUAUUUGGAGCUGAGAAAUUUUGUUUCCGUCUGUCUAAAAUGCUGUUUUGCCCUGUUUAGAGAAUUUGUUUGCCCAGAGAAUCACAGGAGCAACAGUGAAAUAAUAGUUUGAUUUUUAAAUUGACACUUGUUUUCCAUUAUAUAUUGACACCCAGAGGGUUAAUCCAGGUGGGAUUUAUUACAGUAGCUUCAGGUUAGUACCUUCAGUAUCUUACACUCUAUGCUGUGGUUUAAUACAUUCAGAAAAUUAAUCAAAACUCUUAAUAGUCUUCUGUUAAUUUAUUUUUUCCAAGAAUAAUGUAUCAAAAUCACUAAGGUACCUGGAUAAUUCAGUGCGCAGCGUCCAAACAAUAUGAAACCUACCUAACUGCACGGGCAUGUGUGUGUUCUUAGUGCACUGUUUGGUUUGUAUGUGAACAACAGUGAGAUUGGUCAGUUGAUUUUUAACUUACCAACCUCUGAAAUGGUCCAUACCACUGGGGUUUCUUGAACACUUUAGAUCUAGCUGACCACCUUCUUUUUGAAAACGUUUUUCUGCUCUACUUUUGACACCUCAUAUUUCAGUCUAGAUACUGUAACAUUUAUUUUAACAUAUUCCUUUUAGACAUUUUAAUCCAUUUAACAGAUCCUACUGGAUUAAAUUUCUUUCAUCUGCAGUCAAAUUAGAAUGAGACUGUAGAGGAUAGUUGUCUCCAGUCCUGUUUUGACAUGCACAAGUGUCGCUGUACCAUUUGUUUUACUGCUGUUUUUUAUUGUUAUUCAAGAACAAAUAAUUAAAAAAAAAAAAAAAAAGAAAGAAAGAAAGAAAUGUUGGUCAGUUUAUACAUAGAGAGCUGUUUCUGUAAUGACGUUUCAUGGCUGACUACCCCUGCUGUCAGUCUUGUGUGUGUAUGUUUUGUUUUUUUGAUAAAUUGAAGCUCAUACAAAAAAACUUUAUUAGAUGUUACAGACUUGGAGGAAAAUCAGUCCUGUGGCUUUACUAUAUCUGAAAACCUUUUGUUUUCUGUACCUUCACAUUGACUGCACUUUUGUUUACAUAACAUAGUUAUUAACCCCUGUUGCCUUUUGGCCUCAGCCACUUCUAGUGUGGUUUGCUACCAAAUUCCUAGGCAGUUUGUAUUCUGCAUUAUCAGUUUAUGGGGAUGGCAUCACAAUAUUUUUAAAUGUCAUAUACUUUCCUCCAGUUCUGCCACAUUUGUUUAAUUACAUUACAGCUCUCACAGUAAAUUGAACAAAUAUUGAAAGCACACAUACACGUUGAACCAAUAAUUUAAUUUAGCAAAAGUAAAUUGUGUGGUGUCCCAGUAGAAUUAGAAGCAGGGGAACUAUGUGUGACAUUUAUUAGUGAUCCCAAUGGCAGGUGAUGGUGUGUGAAUGCAGACAAGUGUACCAUCAUAGCUGAGCUAGUGAGUCACACAUGCCAUUCAUUGGGAUUACUAUGGUGGGGAGGGGAUGGAGGGAGGGGGUGGGGGGGAUUGGGGUUUCUGAGAUUGGAACUGGGGAAUGGGGAGCCACUGGUGGGGAGAUAUGUUUUUAUUAUGUUCAAAACAAUGCUGAACAAACCAAUGUUGGGGUGGUUGGAAGGGUUAGACUUCAUGAUGAAUGAAUGCACUGUCUAAAUAAUUUCUGUUCUUUAGUUAGAAGGAAAUCUCAAAUGUGGAUUUUUUUACCAUUCCUUUUCAGCUCUUAUCUGGAUUGAAAACUGGCUAGUUUUUUGUUUUUUUCCCCCUUCCCCUCUUCCCUUAGGUUGGACACUUUCCCAUUAGUAAAUCUAGUUUUUUUUGAUACAGUGCAAAAAAAAAAAGCAGGUAUAAUAUUGUGGUCGUCUUACAACAGACAUGGGAAAGGGUUUUUUUUUUCUUCUUCUCCAGGGGGGAGGGGGGUAAUGUAUAUCUGUGAGACUCCGGAGACACUAAGACCACACUCAGCACUUUAGAUCAGUCAUGGCAUAGACAACUAAAAAAAAAAAAAAAACACCCCAAUUUUUUUUUUUUAGUCGUGGUUUUGUGUCUCCUGACAGGCUCACACCAAUGUCCUCUUCUGGUCAAAAUAAAAAUGAGUAGUUUAGCCAAAUAUGACAAAAAAAAAAGCUGAAUUAUAUUUAAAGUGUUUGUUUAUAAUUGACAUCAGUUUGUCCCAUCGGUCUUCUGGUGAUUGCUGAAUGUGUCUGAUAAGUUCAAAAUGGAAAUAAAUAAAAAGAAAAAAAAAAAAACAUUCUUCAAGUUCUGCUUUGAAUAUAAAUUUUAAUGUAAGGAUUUCUAUUUAGAUGUUAGAACAACAGGACCAGCUUUCCAGAUAAGCAGAAAUGUGGCAGUUAUUAUACAGUAAUAUUUAAACCCGUCUGAUUCUUAAGGCUCAAAUUAUUUGUAUGUCUCUGCAUAGUAGUUCUAUUAUACUGUAAGUUAGUUCUGCCAGCUGUAUGGGGCAUGCCGGCUUAUGCAUUUAUUCUGAUGAGUAAAAUGAAUUGUGGCUAGCUUAUUUGGCCCUGUUACUAAUAGUACUAGCAUUUUAAGUUCAUGUGGCCCAGUCAACAUUUCAGUCGGGACCCGAAGGGACAAACUUUUGUUUUUAUGUAUUUUUCCUCUUUAUCAAAAGCAGACAAUAUCUUUAAAAAUGUUGAAGGCUUUUUCUGUUUGUGAAUUUCUGGAUUAUUUUAGUUUUGAUCAGUAUAAAAAAGUCAAACAUGUUUGUCAUCCCCUUAUGAAAAAAAAAAAAAAAAGUUGGGUUGAAUACCUUGAACAGAAAUACAUAAGCAAUAUGGAAACUGCAAAGUAAAAUAUUGUUUUAAAAAGAAAAAAAUAGCCCAUCUGUUACUGAUGAGGUAUGUUCUUAUUAAAAGACAACUGAAAAUUUU